UUUUCCAAAUGGAUGUGACAUAAAUUGUUGCUUUUAGCUUGAUCUCAAGUCAAGAAGAUACAUCCAAGAAAGUUGCUCCCUUUGUAGGGAGACCAUGUCAAUGGAUGGCUUGUAAAGAAGACACUGGUGCCCCUCCGUCAUCUAUAAGAAGUCCUGGAGGAACUUGCAUAAAUUUCAUUAGUUCUUUAUGCAAAUAGAGAUGGGAAAUCUGAAGUUGAUACUUGUGGCUGUAAUAACAUUGGUGUUGUUAGAUGGGUCCUGGAGUCAUGGGUGUUGGGACCUAGAGAGGGCUUCACUCUUACAACUCAAACCUUUUUUCACUCGCCUUAACUGGCCAAUGAAGGGUGAGGAGAGUUCAGACUGUUGUCAAUGGGACAUGGUCGAGUGCAAUACUUCUACAGGGCGAGUAAUCCAACUAUCCCUUUAUAAUGGUUGGGGAAUGUCUGAUUGGUAUCUAAAUGCAUCUUAUUUUCUUCCCUUUGAAGAACUGAGAAGUCUUAACCUAAGUCACAAUUGGAUACUUGGUUGUAUUGAGAAUGAAGGAUUUGAAGUAUUAUCAUCGAAGUUGAGCAAUCUAGAGGUUCUCGACUUAAGUUACAACAAAUUUGAUUCCAGCAUUAUAUCAUCUCUGAGUGAGAUUUCUUCUCUCAAGUCACUUUAUCUAUACGAAAAUGAGAUGACAUCACCAACACAUAAAAAUGAUUUUGGAAGAUUAUCGAGGUUGAGGAAUUUGGAGCUUCUUGAUUUGGGUUAUAAUAAUUUUGAUAACAAAAUCCUCUCAUCCCUACGAGAUCUUUCUUCCUUGAGAGUUUUAAAUCUCGCAAUCAAUGGAUUGAAUGGAACAGUUCAUGCACAUGAAUUUAAUCAUCUGAUCAACUUGGAGAAGUUGGAUAUGAGUGGAAAUAGAAUUGAAAGCUUUGGUUCCUUUCAAGGUGUUGAUAGACUACUGCCAUGGAGUAAUCUGGAGGUCCUUAAUUUGAGGGGUAACCUCUUCAAUAACAGUGUUCUUUCUUCCCUUCGUGGACUUCUCCAACUCAAGUCUCUCAAUUUAGCCGGAAACCAAAUGGCGGGGGCUUUCCAUGUUAGAGAGUUGGAAUCGUUAAAGAAGUUAGAGGAGCUAGACAUCAGCAACAAUGCGAUUGAAAAAUUUGUGGGCCCUGAAGAUUCGACAACUCUGGACAAGCUUAAGAUCCUCCGAUUAGGCAACUUCCUAAACUAUGGAAAAAGCUUUGUAGUGCUGCAAUCAUUAGGGGGGUUCUCAUCCCUGAAGACACUGGAUCUUCGAUAUAGUAAUCUCAGUGAGACAACAAUCCAUCAAGCGUUAGGCAAUUUGAGCACACUGGAAGAGUUGUUCCUGGAUUAUUCUACUCUCCAUCCAGACUUCCUCUCAAGCAUUGGAAGAUUGGGUUCUCUGAAAACUCUACGUGUCGGAGGGUGUGCUGGUCUUGAGAAUACCAUACUAGGACAAGGUUUGUGCCAAUUGAAGAACUUGCAGGAGCUUUAUCUGUAUGCUAAUUCACUUGAGGGGACACUUCCACAAUGUUUGGCUAACCUAUCAUCUCUUAGGUAUUUGGAUAUAUCCCAAAAUCAACUUACCGGCAACCUUGCCUCCACUCCCAUAUCCAAUCUCUUGUCCAUCGAGUCUCUCUCACUUGGAAAUAACAACUUUCAAGACCCAAUAUCAUUCCAUUCAUUUGCAAACCUUUCAAAUCUUAAGAGUUUGAUCUGCGAGGAAUGUGACUUAAGUCUAGACACCGUCCGUCAAACUUGGACUCCAAAAUUCCAGCUUCAAGAGUUGGAUUUGUUAGAUUAUACAACAAAGAAAUAUAAGUUAGAUUUGUCUGAAAAUUCUUUUCAAGGCAAUAUCCUACAUAGUUUGCGUGAUAUAAAGUCUUUAGGAGUUCUGGAUAUUUCAAAUAAUAAUUUUUCGGGUGCUAUUCCAGAGCAGUUUGUCAGCCCGUGGCAGGAUUCCAAGAUGGAUAUCAAAGUUAUCAAAUCUAGAGACAUUUGCUCUAUCUGA